GUGUCUCCGCGCCACCGUAGAAGCUUAGCCAAACCGUCAUGUGACGGACAAAAUGUCAACACCGCCGUGCACUGCUUUACCAAAUCAACAAAAUACCGCUGAAAUGUGAUUUUUCUUCAUUUGAAAUGAACAGUAUGUGUCUUCACUGACCUGUUGAAGUGGAACUUUAUGUUAGCUGCUGAUUUUCGCGGCUGUCGCGGCGGAACAGGUGAGUAUUUUUAUUUUUGCUACCAGGAAGCUGAGAGCUCGUUUAGAUCAGCGAACUACAAUGACAUUAAAAUACUAAAUAUUACAAAUACAGGUGUGAUUUUUUUGUUUCAGGAUGUCUCUCCCUCAGUGUGGUCAGUCCUCUCUCGUUCAGAGUCUGGCCGCCCUGCUCCGGAAUGAUGGUGAGUUACAUUUGGUCAAAAAAAGGUGGAAAUCAGGAGGUUUUUUUAGCUGCAUUUUUAUCCAAAACACCCACAGGAUGCUCCAUGUCAGUGUGUGUGUAAACAAUCAGACAAUCAAUUCUUUAAACAACCUGAUCUAUGAGUUAUUUAACGUGGUUUGUUGCUGAAGUCUCAUCUGUUUUGAUCUCGAUCUGAGAUGUCAUGUCUACGGUGGCCCUUUAGGUCCACUGCACAAACAUUUCAUGACAAUAAAUAAAUAAAUAAAUUUUGAGUCCCAAAAAUGUACUCAAACGUUCCUUUAUGUAGGAACAAUAUAAAGAAUAUUAUUAAAAGGUAGAAUAUUUUUUUAUUUUGCACAAAAAAGUUUUUGGUGGUAAAACAAUUUACUUUGUACAUUUUUAAAUGUUAUUUAAUUGAAUAUAUUUUUUGUUUGUAACUUUUUUCUCUGCAUUUUAAUAGAAUAUUUUUCUAUUUUUCCAACAAAAGGAAAUGUUCAUAAAUGAUAAAUAUAAAAAGGAAUUAAAAAAGAAAAACAUGUAAAGGGGAAUGUUAAAAGAGUUCACAGAAUUGUUUUUUUAAACACAAAAACAUCACAAAAAAGUACAAAAAAGUUCCUGUAUAUAAAAACUAUGUAAAGAAUAUUAUUAAAGGUUAGAAAUAUUUUUUUUUAUUUUGCACAAAAAAUUUUCUGAUGGUAAAAUAAUUUUCUUUGUACAUUUUUAAAAUUUUAUUUAAUUUAAUAAAUUUUUUGUUUGUAACUUUUGUAACAACCACAGAUUUUUGUUUGUAUUAUGAAUUUUUUUUUUUUUUUUGGUAAAAUGUUUUUUUUACUCAUAGAAUUACUUUAUAUUUGGGACAUGUUUUUGUGCUCUGUCAUUGUCAUAUUGAUAUUCUCUGAUCCACAGGUGACCUGGUUCUGGACGGCAGCAGCACAUUGACGCUGCCGGCCACCACCCUGCAGCAGCUCAACAGGCUGUUCGAGCAGUACCUGCUGUCCAGGAGUCAGCCGCACGGCUUCCUCGCUCUGCCCUCGCACCCCGCGGACACGGCCUCGCUGCUGCAGCUGCAGUUUCUGUUUGACGUGCUGCAGAAGACCAUCUCCCUCAAGGUCAGCGAAGAAUGAGGUUUUUGUUGUUUAAUGGUAGUUAUCUAAUAUCACCCUCGAGUCGAGUUCUUACUCUUUAUAUUUUUUUGUUGAACCAGCUCAUCAACCCUCCAGGAGAGAGACUCCAAUCUGUGGUGAAAAUCUUCCCCUUCAAGUCGCUAAAGUGUUUAGAGGUAAAGUCCAUCUAUUCCUUCCUUCCUUCUUCCUGAAUCUGACAAAUAUCACCUUCAAUAACGUGUUUCUGCGUCUCUCUUCCUCACCAGCUGAAGCGAGUCCCUCCUCACUGCCUGGAGGGACUCAGAGGAGUUUACUCCCAGCUGGAGGUUUUCACAUGUUCCAAGAGUCUCAGCUCCCUGGAGGUGCAGCUCCUGUUUUUAUUCCACAUUUAAAGCACGCAUUUUGUCUUAAAAAAAAAAGAUGAAUAUGUGGUGGACUUUGUCUCUCAGGAGCUGCUCUCUCUCUGCGGAGGCGACCUCAGCUCCGCGCUGCCUUGGCUGGAGCUUCACACCCUCAACUUCAGCUACAACUCCAUCGUCUGCCUUGACCAGUCACUAGUGAGAGCGGCACAAACACACAUUUCUGCAUCAUUACUGCGUGAUCCUGUGUCGUCAUCUUCAUCUUCACCUUUGUGUUUUUUUCACAGAGUUUACUGAACGUCCUCAAGUCUUUAGAUUUGAGCCACAACAAGAUUCAGGAGUGUGCAGAAUUUCUAAAGGUGUCUAUUCUUCUUCUUCUUCUUCUUCAUCUCCUGCUCGUUUGAAUCUUUGCCUCAGUUUGAUUCCUUCUUUGUUUUCCUCAGCCUCUGAGUGAGCUGGAGCACCUAAACUUGGGCUACAACUGCCUGCAGAGGGCGCCAACGCUCGGCCCGAGCGCCCGAGCCAAACUCCUCACACUCAUCCUCAGGAAUAACGAGCUGGAGACGAUCAACGGUAAAGCAGACUUGGAUCCUGUGGCGUGUUUGAUAACCGUACACUCGCCUGUUUGUCUCAACAGUCUGAGAAAAGCGCCCCCUGUCUUCCUUUUCCCUCUGAUUCCACAGGUGUGGAGCAGUUAUCGUCACUGCAGCACUUAGACCUGGCCUACAACCUGCUGUUGGAGCACUCUCAGCUGGCGCCACUGUCCCUUUUGCACAACCUCAAAACAGUAAGCAGACGCAGACACCCACAAACUCUGCAGAAUGAGUUUAAGCUCUUUAUUUUACAUGCAAAUCUUCUUCCUUGAAAAUGGCGGCGUAUGUUGCUGAGCAGAAGAUCUGUUAUUAUCUGCUCUGUUAGAUCAACUUGCUGUAUUUCCUUCUUGCAGUUGAACUUAGAGGGAAACCCGCUUUACUUCCAGAAGUCUCACCGCAACUGCACAGUCCGACAUCUCUCCCCGAAGGCCGCCAACCUCAGAGUGAGUAACCUUGAGAGCGAGACGGACUGAAUACGGAGAUUUGUUUGAGACGUCUAGGUCAAGUUUAAGGGAUAUUCCCGUGUAAGAUUAAUUUAGGGUCAAACACCCCAUUACACCGAGUUAGACUCCCCCUCGAGAGAUGAAUGUUGCCGACCGCUUGCUUUUCUAGUUAUACCAACUUUAGUAGCAAUACACAGCGGUCUGAGGAGCCAUAAACAAACCUCAACCAAAACACCACUUUAUAGCCACAGCGAGACCUCGGGCCAGCCCAUUACGGGCUGCAGCGGAGUUUCGCAGCUCAAGGAAGAACAUUUAUGAUUAUUACUUUGUGGGAAUGCAAUCAGACCGAGACGCAAAGGCAGAAGAACUACUGUGUCUGCAGUGCAAGAUGAUUAAUAUGAUGAUUAUUACCUCAAGAAAAUGAUAAAGUAACAAUCAUAAAUGUUCUUCCUUGAGCUGCGAAACCCCGCUGUAGCCCGUAAUGGACUGGCCUGAGGUCUCGCUACAAACAAGCGGCUGCUGGAAGAGAGUGGGUGCUGUUCUGAGCAUUAUUUGUGGCGUUUUGGUUGAGGUUUUGUUGGUUUGCUAUCGUGCGGUUGUUACUAAAGUUGGUAUAACUAGAGAAGCAAGCAAUCGGCAACAUUCAUCUCUCAGAGGUUGUCUAACUCGGUGUUAGGGUGUGUUUGACUCUGAAUUAAUUUUACGCCGGAAUAUCCCUUUAAGGUCUGAAACAGCAUGUAGAAGUAGAUCAAAUAGAAACAGGAGGAAAAUGAGAUGUGAUUCUAAAAAAACAGCACUUCACUGACCUGCUUUAACUCAGCACGAGUGUUAAACUGUCAGUUUAUGUUGAAAAAGAUGAAAAAAUGAGGAACAGUUUGUAUUUUUGUGUUUUUUUCAAAUAUCUCAUUCUUGUUUGUGUCUUUUCAGCUCAAACUUGAUGGUGUCGCUCUAUCUUCAUCUGAAAUAUCAGUAAGUGCAUUAAAGUGAAUGAAAACACAGUCAUGAGUUAUGGCGUCUGCCCCCUGGUGGAUCUAUUGCUGCAUUGCAUCUGUGCAGAUAUAGAUAAUGUUUCUUCUUUGUUCCUCUGGCGCUCAGGUUCUGCCAAAACAAGGUCAGAAGAUCAUCCAGGGGCAGCCUUCGCCUGCUCUCUCCAGACCACCUGAGCGGACCAAUCAGGAGGCUUCGAGCGGCGCCGGGGAGCUGAGCGACAGCAUGUCCGUCGGGGAGGUGGGAGUGUCCCGCAUGAGGAAGAAGAAAUCCAGGGUGAGGGAUGGGCUCCUCCUCAGAAAUGGUUUUUGGAUGUGAUUUGGAGUCAUGUGAUCAUUUCUCUUUUUCUCUGUCUGAUGCAGAGUAAGGUGAAGGUCCGCAGAGCGAGCAUAUCAGAGCCCAGCGAUACAGAUUAUGAGUCCAGACCGCUGUCCUCCACAGAGGGUGAGCUUCAGAUGAGAUUUUUAAACGUAUCUUCUUCGAUCAGAUCAUCUGUAAUUCUCCGUUUCCCCACCAGGGAUCGUCCUUCCUCACCAGCAGGAGAUCGAGCGCAUGUCCAGCUUCAGAGACCAGAUGGGGGAGGACUGGCUGAGGUACCAGCACCAUCUAGACGGCGCCCCUCCUUCUUCAGACGCCAAACAGCCCCUCCAAAACGGCUUCGACGCCCCCGCCUGUCCCUCCACCAGCAACGGGCUCCAGUCGUCCCUGGAGGUCCUCCCCGCUCCGCUGCUCUCCUCCGAGCCCAAGUUAGACGUGUCAGACGCAGACUUAGAAACGGAGUCCACGCUGCAGUGGGCGGGCCACAGCUCCCGGCUCACGGAGUCCACGUUGGAGGAGAGCGUGGUGGACGGCCAGGGAGACGUUGAUACAGGUCGACCAAGUCCAGAAUCGCAGAAGUCAGCAAGAAGUGAGAGUAAAGACACCAAAGAAGAAGAAGAGGAAGAGGAAGAUCUAGGAGGUAAUCAUCAAGAACAUGUAGCUGCAGAAUAAAAAUAAGGCAAAUCGAACCCUGAGUCUCUCUUUUCUGUGUCUCAGUGGACCUGUGUCUCCCUCUGCUGGUGGGCGUCCUGUCCGAUAAAGAAGAGGAGGAAGCAGGAGGAGGAGGAGGAGACGACGACGGGGAGAGGAAGAGGAAGAAGAGGGAGGUGUUCCUGCGGGUCAAGCAGGGUCUGGUUUUGGAGGUGGACAUGCAGCGAGGACAGGAGAGAUGCCGGCUGGAGCUGGGCAGCCUGGCCAAGGUGGAGACCACGGAGGCGGCCUGGACCAGAGGGGUGAGAGGGACUGAAUGAAACAUGUUAAAACUGUUCUUAAAGCUCCACUUAGUGUUGUUUUUGGCGGUCUGUUUUCAUUUUAGUUUUAGUCUUUGUGUCAAAGUAUCAUUUUAGUUUUUACCUUCCCUCAAGUUCAGCAUGGAAGACUUUCAGACAUCUUUUUAGAUUCGGGGUGUUUUUCCAUUUCCACAUUUUCCACAUUUAGUCUUGUUUUUAUUCGUCAACAAUAUUGGAUUAUAUAUUUAGCUGUUAUCGUUACAAGACCACAAUUUAUUUUUCGUCUCGUCUCAAUUUCGUCAUUUGAUAAAGCUUUUGGUUUUGGUUGAUGAAAGCAUCACUAGUUCCAGUAAGGAGUUGCUUCUGUAUGACCCACCAAGACCCAGAAGACCAUCAGGGACCAGACUGACUCUUCCUCUGUCCUUAUUUUAAAAGUCUAUUAUCAGCAGGCUGGUUGUCAAACUCAAGAAUUUAAGUCUUGUAGAAAAAAAAAACAAACUCUUUCUUCAGUUGACUCUAAAGACACAAAUCAGCAAAGACGUUCACAGAAAGAAGUAAAACUCAGACAUUAAACGUGUAAAUUUAAAGAGGUGGAAGUUUAUACAUAAAAGUUGGAAGUACUACAAGAUCAAUUUUGAAUUUUACAAUAUUAAAGUUGGAAAUUUAACAGGUCAAAACUAAAUUUUUAGAGAUCAAAGUUGAAAAUUUUAUAAACAUCACAUUCGUAAUUCUAACAGGAUCAAAGAUGUCAAAAUAAGAUCAAAAAAAGUCAAUUUUGCAUGUAAAAAUAUUAAUUUCUUUUUACAAGAGUGACAUUGUCAAUUUUUUGAGUGUAAAUCAUAAAUUUUAGGGGAUAAAACUGCAACACUUUACAUUUAAAUCAUCUUGUAUAGGGGUUUUAAGAAGUUUGAGUUUCAAAUGGAUGUUUUCUUCUCUAGAUUAUUUUAUUUUACAUCUGGAUUCAUCAUCUCUUGCUAUUCCAACAUUAGUAUCAAUUUAAAACUUAAUUCUUGUUAAUUUUACAACUUAACAUGAGUAAAUGUAUGACUCUUGUGCUGUACAUUCAUGACCUAUGACAUAUAUACCUUGUUUUAAUCACAAUUUACUUCUUUCUUCUCUCUCUUUAUUCUCAAAAUCUCAUUUUUUUUCUUCUCAGUUUGGUGCUAAUCCUUUGUCAAAACACACAGAAACAGAAUGAAAUAGAGUGGAGUAAAAAAAGGGUGAAAAAUAAUGGAUUAUAGAAUAUAAACGUGUGUUAACUUGAUCUUUAUUGACCUUAUAGAGCAUGUUAAUCAUAUAUAUUUCACUGAGAGUUGAAUCUGCUUCCUCCUCUCAGGAGACAGAGGAGAUGCUUCCAGCCGUGGAGCUCCAGUUCGACUACAUCAGCAGGGAGAAGAGACGGAGACGCUACGUGCUGCUGGAUGAAGACCCGCAGGAGGCUCUGCAGGUAAAUGACCCCCACAUGUCGCUUUCACAAGAAUUAGAUUUUGAUCUGAUGACUCACUGAAAUCCACACAUUUAUGACACAAGAGGCUCAAACUGGCGAAUCAAAACACGUGACUCAGUGAGGAUGAAACCCUCCGACUUCUAGGAUGUGUCUGGUCAUGCUCUGCGGCCGCCCUCUCCUCUCCUUGUUGUGUUUUUUUUAACCCUGACGUCAGCGAGCAGCAGCACAUUCUGUACCAUGUUUAUCGCCUUGUUUACAAUUUUGGUCUCCACUCAUUGUGUAACGUCAGAACUGUGCCAAAUUUAAUUUUAACACGGAGAGCUGACACCGAUUCCAGUAUGUGACUUUUUUCAAAGUUUGUGGUGAGCAGAGUUGGACUUGUGAAUUAGGUUUUAUAAACACAUGCAUAGCUGAAGUGAUGGGAAUCCAAGCGCCAUAAACACCUCAACUCUUUACAGGGCCAGCUGAGAUGCAAACCCAUGAAAUGUGACUUUUUUAACUUUAAGGAGGUUGAAGCUCUGGUUUCUUUUGAAAAAAGUGCAAAAACAACAUGAUCUGGAAGAGGAGCGACAAAACACCUGAAAAAACAUCUCCCUACUAUGUAGCUUAAAAUUACAAUGUAUGAAAACACUCUGUGAAAGACUGAUAAAUGUUCAUAAAAUCGAUAAAAGAUCUAGAAAAUCUGCUCCAAAUGAGUUUUAGGCCCUGAGAAGGUACUGCAUUUAAAACAGGUGAGACUCUGUAGUGGAGGUCACCGCAUAGAUUCAAAAUCAGAGCUAGAAACCAUCGUCUGUGAACAGAGAUCAACCAAUGUAGGUUAGAGUUAUGAUAAUGUGGAUGAUAAUAAUAGGGAUAAUGAUGAUGAAGAAGAUAAUAAUGAUGAAGAUAAUGAUGGUAAUGAUGAUAAUUCUGCUGAUAAUGAUAAUAAUGAUGGUGAUGAAGAUCAUGAUGAUGAUGAUAAUGAUGAUGAUGAUGAUGAUGAUGAAGAUAAUAAUGAGGAUAAUGAUGAUGAUAAUAAUGAUGAUUAAAUAUUGAUGAUAAUGACGAUAUUGAUAAUGAUCAUAAUGAUGAUGAUAAUAAUAUGAAGAUAAUGAGGAUAAUGAUGAUGAUGAUGAUGAUGAUAAUUAUAAUGAUGAUGAUGAUUAUUAUUAUGAUAGUGACGAUGACAAUAAUGAUGAUGAUUAUAAUGAUAAUGAUUCUGAUGAUCAUGAUUCUGAUGAUGAUAAUGAUAAUGAUGAUAAUAAUAUUAUGUGUAUUAUUAUUACAAUGAUAAUAAUGAUAAUUAUAAUAAUACUAAUGAUAAUGAUAAUAUUGAUUAUAUAAAUAAUAAGAAUAUGAAUAAUUAUACUGUUAAUGAUGAUAAUAAUAAUAAUAAUAAUAAUAAUAAUAAUAAUGAAAAUCCUGGAGAGCUUGUCCUAAGGAAAACUUUCAGGUCAUGAUAAUCAGAAGGGGGCGCUACCGGAUGUUUUUUUUUCUCUUUUUCUAUUCAUGAACAUGUUUUUGCCGGGCAACAAUUUUGUUUGUUUUUGGGCCUGUCUAGAGGGUCAUAAUGUUGAAAAAGUGGGACAAACAAUAUUAAAUAAUUCUUAAAGGACUCUCUCCUGCUGCCCCGCAGUGUCGACUUGGGUCCGAAUAAUAAUAAUAAAAAUUACAUUAAUAAUAAUGAUUUUAGACCUUCUGCCCAAAAUCUAUUGAGCAGAUCAUCAUUAUAGCUAACUCUGACAUAGCAGUUUGAGUUGCGCAUGAAAUAUAGUUACAACAGCCUCGCAGCUCUGUAGUGGAAAUCCCUGCACAGGCUCAAAAUCUCAUCCAGAAACAGUUUUUCCCAAACUGUGGUUUAAAAAGUUCAUUCUUAGGAAUAAAAACUUAAUUUUUUGUCUUUUUCUACCAGGCUCUGACGGAUGUUCUGUCUCAAGUGGCGGAGGAAAAUCAGCGCCGCGACUCUGAGCUACGCCCCAACUCCUGCAUCCGCCUGCAGUGCCUCCGCUGCAGGUCAGAGUUCACGCUCCAGGGAGGGGUCGCCGAGGAGGAGGCGGCGGCAGAAGGGAGGAGCAGGGAUGAUGAUAGCAAAGGUAAGAGGGAUGAAGGAGGAAUUUACUGUUUACCUUAAGUGUGGACGGAUAGAGACAGGCAGACGCUUAUGUAAUGUGUACACUUCCAUUCUCCUCGUAUGUAAACUUGGUGGAUUUUAAAGGAACAAAAGAAAGAAAGGAAAACCUGACGAAAGGAAAAUUCAACAAACUCAAGACAGCAGACAUGCAGAAAACUCCACCAAAAAAUCCACUUUUCAUUAAAGUUUUGGGAUUAAAUUUAAAAGUUUAAACAAUGACCAGCGUUUGAUGUGACCACAUGUUAAAAGUCGACUCCAAAUAAAAUAAAAUCUGUUUAAAAAUCUCAGAAAAGAGCAAAAUAAAGAGCGUCCAACAUGCAAAAAUGACCUGCGAGCGGGGCUUGUGGGUGCGCGCGUUGCCCGAGCGAUGUGAUGUUUGGCUUAAGUUUAUAUCUCAAUCUGUCAUCUGUGGAUUUCAAACAGUCCCACACACGCCGCAGCCUUAAACCCGAGCAGGCUUUUUCUGAUUCAUCCCUCAUAGGGAGUCACGCACGCCUCUGAUGACUCACGUUCUCUUAAAUAUCCUUAAAAAUCCAAACACCACAUGUAUUUUCGAGCUGUUACCGCUCUUCUUCCUGUUUUCUGAUGCUUUUAACCUCUUCGGAGGUCACGUUUCAGCGGGCGUGCUGAAUAAAAACUUCACGUUCGUCAUCAUCUCCUCACUUAUCACCCUCGUCUGCAUAUUUUCCCAAAACAAACUCCUGCUCCCAGAUGAACCCAAGGGAGACAUCUCAGCAGUUAUCUCCCCUCUCUUUACUGGAUUCCCACCUGUAUAAUCAGACAGAUAGCAGAGUCCCGCUCCCUCUCCUUUCCACCAGACCCGACAUUAAGACCUGCUGCAGCCUGCACACACUCCUUCAAAUGUUCCAGGGCAACCAUGCGCCUUUUGUUUGUGUGCUUAGUCUGCAGCUCAGCGGAGAUUUAAGGCAAUAAAUACCUUUUUCACACACGCGUGUCUGAACUUAGAGGUUUGUUUGCCUGCGGGGGACAGAAAUUUAUGACCUGGAGACACAAGGAAGACAAAGAAACCUGUCAGAAAUAAAGGAAUGCAUGUUUGCUGUCUUUGACUCUCCUCAUGAUCCUCAGCAGACAGAAGUAAAUAUAACGUUUAAAGCAGCUCCAUCCAUCUUUAAUUUUACUCAGUAAAUCACAAUAAAACACUUAAAAAUGGGGUUUUAAACAGGAAGCCUCUAAAAUAUCACAUAAAAAACAAAAUAUUACCACAUAUAUUUCAGCUUAUUCAGUUUAAAGUUUCCUUUUUUUAAGGUAAUUUACAAAGAUGCAGUAAAUAAUGAAAAGAAAAAAUAAUCCUUAUAAUUUUCUAUAAAGGUUAAAAUCUGUAUUUUUUAUUAAUAAUUGUCUUAUUUUUUAAAUAAAAGAAUUUGUGUUUGAAGUUUUUGCCUGACUGUUAUAUUUUAUAAACAGUUCAUUUAUUUAUAAUGCAUUAUCUCAUAUUCAAGUUUUUUGAAAUUCAGACUUUGUAUUUUUGUCUUUUGUUUAUUUUUUUUUUUGUAAGCUUGUUUUUCAAUAAUUAUUCAGACAUUUUCAUCAGAUUUAUGUCAUUUUUGCCUGUAUGUUUUAUUCCUAGGUUAAUUUUUACUAAACUUUUAUUUUGUUGAUUUUUUCAUGAUUAUUUUUGAAGUAAAGGAUGUCUAUGUUUCAAAUUAAAUUUUAUUUUGGUUUAUUCAUUUAUUUUUUUAUUUAAUUUGUGUUUUUUUUCUCAUUUUGUUGGGUUAUUUUGGGUAUAUUUUUUUUCUCUGUUUCAAUUUCUUAAAGUUUUUCCAAAAAUUUCAUUGAUUCGGAUUUAAAUUUUUUUCUUUUAUUUUUCUUUUAUUUUAAUUUAGAAAAUUUUUGUUUAUUUUAUUUCAUUGAAUUCUGCUAUGAGGUUUAUAUCACCCUUAUUCUUAAUUUUAUAAUUCUUUAUUCAUUUUUUAACCAUUCUUUGUGAAAUAAUUUGAGAUUUUUGUUUUUCUUGCAAUAAUUGAUUAUCCUCGUUUUAAUUUGAGGUAGCAAAACUGUCAUCUUUCUUUCAGUAUCAAAUGUCUUUUUAUUUUAUUUCUAACUUUUUUCAUUUUACUAAAAUUAUUGAUUGAUUUCUUGAUUGUUGUGUUAUCAUGUAUCAUCUUUGCCCUACAUGUGUAUUUUAUAUCUUAUAAUUACUUCAACUUACUUCAAAAUUCACUUGAAUUUAACUAACAGGUCAAAUAUCGUCAUGGCUACAAGGAAAUAAAAACAUUGUACUGGCAGUUAUGAAGUCAGACCUUUAGGGGGAGCACUUUUAUUCCAUGAUGGUGGUCUUAAAGCUGUGGAGUACUUUUGAAAUAACUUCCCACACUCAUUUUAUUGUAUUUUAGGCAGCAGUAAUAUUUGUCCAGACUGUGGUAGUGACCAUGUGGUCCAGCUCGCCAGCCAAUCGGCCCCCCACACCAGCACCCCGAUCCGAAACUCCUCCAGGCCGGACAGCGAGGACGAUCACCUGGAUUUGAACCAGAGCUUCCCGAGCCUCAAUAAGGUUCUAACUCAUCAUCUUUUCUGUGAUCAUUUCCAAUAUUUUCAACUCAAAAUCUCACCCGUUCUGCUUUUAUCAAUGUUAGGAGAAUCUCACAAACUCCAGCAGCAAGAGCAGCAGCCCCACGCUCGAAGCGAACACAGAAGAUCAAACCUUCGUCACCGCGCAGGGAAGCACCUUCUACAUCGGGGACGAGCAGGGCGACACCUCCAGCUCCAGCGCUUUUUACAACAUAGAGAAUCAAAAUAAAGACGAGCUGGCCGGGAGCUACCACUAUGACGCUUCAGGAGCCACUCCACCUCAGGUCCCAGCACAGCAGGCGGGAAGAACCAACCUGAUUGGUGAGUUUGAUUAAAAGCCUUUAAAAGAAGAGUAGAUAAUCGUUUGUGAAGGGUCAGGCUGUACGCUCUACCUCCCCCCAUGAUGAUGAUAAAGGUGAUGAUGAUGAAAAUAAUGAUGAUAAAGAUGAUCAUGAUAAAAAGAAUGAUGAUGAUGAUAAUUAUGAUAAUGAUGAUGAUAAUAGUGAUAAUAAAGAUAAUAAAAAUGAUGAUAAAGGUGAUAAUGAUAAUAAUGAUGAUGAUGAUGAUAAUGAUGAUAAUGAUGAGGAUAAUAAUGAUGCUGAUAAUAGUGAUUAUGAUGAUGAUAAUAUUGAUGAUAAAGAUGAUAAUGGUAAUAAUAAUAAUGAUGAUGAUAAUUAUGAUGAUGAUCAUGAUAAUAAUGAUGAUAAAAGUGAUUAUGAUGAUGAUAAUAUUAACAAUAAAGAUGAUAAUGAUAAUAAUAAUAAUGAUGAUGAUAAUUAUUAUGAUGAUGAUGUUAAUAAUAAUGAUGAUAAAGAUGAUUAUAAGUAUAAUAAUAACGACAAUGAUGAUUUUGAUAAUAAUAAUAAUAAUAAUGUCCAAUGAAAAACUCCCAGAGCUGAUAAUCAGAAGGGGGUGCUACCGAGUGUUUUUUUUUUUUUGGUCUUUUUUUAUUCAUGAAAGUUUUUUUUGUUUUUUUUUUUUGGGGGGGGGGGGGGGCAAAAAUUUUGUUUGUUUUUGUGCCUGUCAUGAGGGUCAUAAUCUAGAAAAAAAAAUUAUGAUUUUAGUAUUUAUGAUAAUAUCGAUUCUUAGCGUUCUAAUCAGACUUUUGUUUUUUGGGUUUAUUAGUUUAUUUAUGACUUGUGUCUUAUUUUUUGGUGAUUUUAUUUCAGUUUUACUUGCUUAAUUUAAAAAAAAAAUUGCCAUUUAUUUAAAUUUUGAUUUUUUUUCUGUAUGCUCUACCUCCCUUCUAACUCUGCUGUUUCUCCCCCCCUCACAUUCCCCCCUGUCUCCCCUCUAAUGCCUCUUUAAGAGUCUGAUUAAACAGCUUGUAUUGCUGAGUUUUGAUCAUGUUAAAUUCUGCCGAACCUCCAUUUUUAAACGGCCAAACUCCCACUGUGGCAUUUCCAUCCACCCCGGCAUCCUCUGACUGAGAGGAGACAGCUGAUUCUACUUCUCUGCCCUUUAAUUAUUAUUCACAGACUGAAAUAACUCCAAGUGUGCAAUUAGAGGGUACGACAAAUAUGAAAAAAAGCUGCAGAAAAGCAGCUCCAAACUGAAAAAUAUGACAAAUACCCCAAAUUGACUUCCUGAAGAUCAGGCAAACUUCAUAGUUUUGAUUUAAAGUGGCAUAAAUCAGAAAUCUGUCACAUUUUAGCAGCACGAUCCAACAAAAUGACAACUUAAGGAGCAUAAAAAUCUGAUUUUUCAGCCAGGAAAGGAGGCUGAUUGGAGGAAAGCCUGAGCUGCGGUGGAAAUAAGUGAUAAAUCAUGAGUUAAUUCAGACGCUGUAAAACACCAGCUUUAUAAAGGUUUAGUCUGCUCUUAAGAUUUGCUGAAAUCUGCAUCAAAAGUGAAGAAAAACUGGAUCUAUUACAGACGUGAGGAAGCUCUCUGUGUCUGUGCGACCGCAUCCGAGCUCCUCACCAAACAUCUGCCUGCCAUUUUUAGACGAACCGCAUGCUAAAAGUGCAACAGGACAGAUUGGAGUCAUUACUGGAAGUGAUGGGAGAGGAAUGAAAGCCCGAGAGAGGGACGGCCCGAGUCGUAAUAAUAGCUUUCUGCGUCUUUUUUUUUUUAAAUGUACUGUAGCUGCAGUGCCAACGGCUUGUCAUCUGUCCCCGUGAAACCGCAGUCUCACGCUGGAGACAGCUCAAACUCAUCUGAAAACACUGACUAGACUGAGGGUAUUGUGCUUUUUCUCUGUGGCACAGUGCUCCCAUUGUUGUGGAUCAGGGUCUGAAUUUCCCUCUUUAUUAAAAGUGCUUUGUCUUCUGUCUGUUUCACCUCUCCAAUCUCUUUUUUUUUUACUACAAACAUGUUUGUUUUGGCUCUGCAGGUCCGGCCCUGUCAUUUCUGACUCUCUGUAACCAUUAAUCAGCGUUAAUACGACCUCUAUCGCCGUUCCGAGGUCUAUUAUAGCUAUUAAUUAAAAUAUAGAGAGGCUAACUGACUGUUGAUGUCUCCGUAGACGGAUUGGACCUCCUGACAGAGGACUACAACGCGGUGGACCAUCGGCUGCAGCUCUUCCUGGAUGUGGAGGUCUUUGAGGAAGAAGAGCAACUUCACUCGUUCUUAAAGGUGUGUAAAAAAGAGCUACCUGUGUGUUAAAAGUGGUUCUAUAUGGAGGCAAAAGUACAAAACUGAGCGGGUGAGAGCUGGUCCCACUGAAAACCCCAAAAUCAAAUCAUGGAUUUAACUAUUUCAGCAGAUUUUUAAAUAAAAACCGCACUCUUUUUCUGAAGCCCAAAAAGCCCAACAAUGAAUCUAGAAAAAAUAUACACAAAAAAUAAAAAUUUUAGUUUUCACUUAAAGAAGUUGUGGCAUUGUCUGUUAUUGUUAGCAAAAUUUAACAAAAACACAAAACAAAACCAUUUAAUUUUCUCAUUUUCUCCUUUCAUCUUUUUUAAUCCUUUUUCAAAAUUUUCCCCGUUUUUCUUUCUUUUUUCUCUUUUUUUCUUUUUCUUGUCUUUUUUCUUUUUAUUCUUUUAUUCCUUUUUUCUUUCCUUCUUAUCAUCAAUUAUUUUUUAUUUUAUUUUUCCUGUUUUUUUUUCACUUCUUUUUUUUCUAUUUUAUUUCUUUUUUUUCUUGCAUUUCUGUUUUUUUUUUUCAUUUUCCUUUUUGUUCUCUUUGUUUUCUACUUUACCUUUUUUGUACAUUUAAUUAUUGCUUUAUUUGUUCCUUUUUUCUCCAAUUUUCUCGUUUUCAUGUCAAUUCAUUUUCUUCUUUUGUCUUUUUUAAUCCUUUUUCAAAUUUUUUCCUCUUUUUCCUUUUUUCCUCUCCCUUUUCUUUUCUUGCCUUUUUUCCUUUCAUUUUUUUUCCUCUUUUUUAUUUCUUUGUUCUUCUUUUUUUCCUUUUCUUACCUUUCUUCUUUUUUUCCCUUUUUUUCUCUCCUUCUUAUUAUCAUUGAUUAUUUUUUCCUUUAUUUUUCCCGUUUUUUUUCACUUUAUCUUUUAUUUUUUCUGUUUUAUCUCUUUUUUCUUGCAUUUCUUUUUUCCCUUUUUUCCUCUUCUCUUUUUUCUUGCCUUUUUUUCUUUUUAUUAUUUUAUUCUUUCCUUCCUGUUAUCACUGAUUAUUAUUUCCUUCAUAUUUCCCGUUUUUUUACUUUGUUUUUUCUGUUUCAUUUCUUUUUUUGCACUUCAUAUUUUUCUUUUUCCCCACUUUUUUCUUUUUUUUUUUUUUACUAUCCUCCUUUUACCCACAUGUAUUUCUUUAAUGUCAUAUAACGCAGAGCCGAACUUUGAGUCCUGUGAUUGUUAGAUUUCAGAUUUUGAUGUGAGGUCCUUGAAACCUUGAAGUUUUUAUAGUUCGUUUCAAAGUUGCUGAAAUCUGAUUGGUCUUUGAUCAUGUGACGUCUCCGAGCCUCCAUAAUUACAGAACAGAAUGAGACAGGACAGAAUUAUGAAUUUAGCAUCAAAAAUAACCAGAAGUGCACAGACUUUGGCAGAAAACGCUCUUUUCAUGGAGGACUUCUUUAUUCUUAGUAAGAAGCCCAUAAAAAGGAGAUUUUCAGGGCCUUUGAUUCUCCUCUGGAGUUAUUAUUAAAAGCGUAUUAUUACCAGACUCGGCAGUAUUUCUCUCUUUGACAGCAGCCUGUGACUGAUCGCUCAAAUUUAGCAGCACAUUGUUUUCAUGUUGCUGUUAUUGUUUCUUUUGUUACUGCGGUUUACUGCGGUCUUUAAACGCAUCUCCCUCAUGACUAAAAGACUGCAGCGUAAUAACUAGUGACAACUUUAAGACCUAUAACACUCCAGCUGCGGUUUUCUCUCUGAGCCCAUUCAGCUCCCCAAAUCUCCCUGCAUCCCUCAUGUCAGCGGGCCAUCGCUCGUCUCUGUAGGACACCUGGACGAGGAGCGGCGAGCGGAAUGAGACGGGGUGCAACAGCUGGAAACAGGAGGUCCAGCUUCAUUCAUCUUCGUCUGGUUUAUUUAUCCAGCGACAGCUCCCCUCGCUGUUGCACUCGUUUGUUUUUCCGCUUGUUGUUCUGGAGGAAAUAAAGCAAGACCUUGAUGCAACGGUUUGAUUUAGAGCCUGAAACUAAUAAACUGGUGCGAGUGCACGAUGUUCACGAUGAGGCAACAUCCCCAGAGGAGGACAGCGCUCAUAUAAAUCCACUUUUUUUUAUCAAAUAUUUCAAGCAGACAGUAAACUCUCCUCUUAUUUAUGUUGUGCUUCUUCUUCUUUGUGCUUUUUAGAUGUCAGCUGUCAAAUUCGGGGAACCGGGGGAGGUCCCCUCUCUGCUGGUGGUGUCCAACAAAAGGAUCUACUUCUUGGAGUUGAUGCCAGAAACACGGUGAGUCGAGCAACUCUGCAGGAUGUGGAAAUGAACACGUUCAGUAUGAUGAUGUCUGAUGAGUUAACUGGGACUUUCUUUCAGGCCUGCAGGAACUCUCAAAUCUUUCUUAUUUUAUGUUUUGUUUGAGAUUUUCAAGGCCAGAAUGUAAAGGAACUUUGAGUGUUUGAUUACUGGCUUGUUGGGCCCAUAACCCAAACCCUAACCCUAACCCCCUAACCCUAACUGCAACAUUACCCCAACGUAACCAUAAUACUUAUAAUUUUUUUUCAACAUUUUUCCUAAAAUUUUUGUACCAAUUGACUCCAAAUGGUCUGAAACAUACUCCUAAUAAGGUCCCGGACACUGAUUUUAGCCCCAACCCCCUCACUCCAAUACCCCAACGUUACCCCAACAUAACACUAAAAUACACUUAAAUACACCAACCAAAGAAAGAGGAAAAAAAACAGCAAUGUGAGGGGAAAAACAACUGGGACUGUAAAAUCUACUCAGUUCGUGAGGCAGACAACUUUUACGGGAAAAAAACCCGGAAGUUUCUGCAACAUCCACAGGGCCAAAGAGAAGAUUUAUGUGUAAAAUUUAAAGAAACAGUGUAACUUAAGUUGUUAGCUAACAAUGCGAGACAGAGGCUUGACCAAUUAGAAGCUGUAUUUGCUGUCAGCUGGCUCAUUAAGGUCCAUUAAGAGGCAAGAGACUCACGUAACAGUUUCUCAAAGCACAGAAAUACAAAAUAUAGAACAGUUUUGCAUGAAAUCAGCUUCUUUUAAACUUAAUUUGAUUUUCAGGUUAGUGUAUGAGAUCAUUUUGCUAAAAUAAUACAGUGUUAUUUAAAGUUAAGCUGUAAAAUCCACUCCCUUCGUGAGACCGGCAGAUUUCCAGUUAUAUAUAUAUUUGAAUGUUUCUGCAACAACGAGGAGCUUUUCUGCUAUAAAGAGAGGAUUUCGGAGUAAAAUUUAAAGAAAUUGUGUAACUUAAGUUGUUAGCUGACUAUGCUAGACAGAGGCUUGACCAAUAAGAGGCUGUAUUUGCUGUCAGCUGACUCGUUAAGGUCCAUUGAGAGGCAAGAGACACACGUAACAGUUACUCAAAGAACAGAAAUACAAAAUAUAGAACAGUUUUGCAUGAAAUCAGCUUCUUUUAAACUUAAUUUGAUUUUCAGGUUAGUGUAUGAGAUCAUUUUGUUGAAAUAUAACAGUGUUAUAUAAAAUUUAGCUGUAAAAUCCACUCGCUUCGUGAGACCGGCAGAUUUUAUCGGAAUGUUUCUGCAACAUCGAGGAGCUUUUUUGCCAUAAAAAGAGGAUUUAUGAGUAAAUUUAGAGAAAUACACAACGCAGAGAUACAAAUAUGUGGGUUUCCAUUUUUAUUCUGGUUCCAUUAGGUUUGAUUUGUCCUCAAACGAGACAUUGUCUUGUUAUUUGGGUCAGUUUUAAGGUCAAUAUCAGAGAAAGUACAGAGUUUCAGAAGAAGAAGAAUCCGAUUCCUGCAGGUGGACGAAUGUCUGACUUUUCAAACACGACUUGAAAGUAUAAACCAGGUCGCUGAGAUAUUUCCGCUCCACAUGCCAGCGUAUGAAAGGAGUAAUCAAAUCCUCCUGAUGUGGAUUCAAAAGGGGGCGCCGUCCUGCAGUCUACAAUUAUGAUUUGAAUGCUGCGAGCGUCUCGCCCCACACCCUCCGUUUAGGAUGCGGAUUACAUUGCAUAACCUGCGCAGGUUUCUGGGUCACAUCUUGAGAACACAUUGACCCUUCGGUGUCUGUGCAGACCGUAGAGUCUCUCCUGUUUCUCCUCCUGCGAGUUUUUAGCCCCUUUUAUUAGUUUUUCUCCCCUCUGUUACCAAAGCUUCCCUCCCCUCAUCAAAACAAGACCCCGGUUCCCUGAGACAGGAGCCCACGCUGGGAUGAAAAGUCAGACCGCAGGAGCUGUCUUUUCUUGUUCUUGGCGGCGCGUAGGAAGCUUUUAUUCUGAAGUUAAUCCGUAAAAAAUGAGGGAUUACAUAAUUUACGACCGUGGAUUGUGCUGAGUAAACUCUGGCUUUAACAAACACACCUCCAGCGUCGAGAAAACCCUUUAAAUCCAUCCUAAAGUCACUUCUCCUUUUUCUGCACUCUCCUCCCAGCAGAGGCCAGCUCUCCGAUUGGCUGCAGAAGAGGGACAGCCACCCAAUCAUGGAGCUCAGCUACCUGGAAGUGGGGCUCGGGUCCCAGAGCAUACAUAUGGAGUUUGGCGGCGGAAGCAGCGGGGGCGUGGCCUAUACGCUGCUGGUUCGAGACAGCCUCCGAUGCAAGCGGUUCUUUGGCUUGUUGACAGGUACUGAAGACGAGGGCUGCCAAAUGGGAGCAAAGUGGAAAAUAACUUCUGUUUAAUGUAUGGAAAAACACAUAAAGAGGGAAAUUCAAUAUUCAGAGGGAGAAACGCUCUCCUUCUGCUCCUUUUUCACUAACUGGUUACACUGGUUUGAGCGCUCUCCUGAGGGAAGACGCCACUAAAUAACUCUGGACAAAUUUAGAUGCAGGUCCCUGAGGCAGGUAUGAGAACAACAUGUUCCUCUGGCAGGCAUCAUGCCACAGAACGCUUCUCCCCUCGCUAAAUAAUACUAUACCAUAUGUGGGCUGCAUGACGCAGGUCUCUGCGUCGCCCCCCCCUUCCUUCUGUAUUGGGUUCACACAGACGUGCGUACAUCCUGCCCAGACCUACUCGUCUGCAGCGAGGAGAGGACCGAACGGCAGAGAGGAAAACCUUUUAUUAGUCGGGGGGCUCCUGCUCGGGAGCAGGAAUGUCUGGAAAAAUAUGGAAAAUGAAUUUGACAAUACGCAGCCCCAGAAAACAGGAAAACAUCUUGGCACGUGUGGAAAAAACACUGCCGCUCAUUUCCAUUUCCCCUAAUUAUGAUCAAAAAUAGGACACGGGGAAGUUUUUCCAUCAUUACUGAAUUAUAUUAACAACAAGAUAGAGAAGAAAAGCAAAACAGCCUUUUAAAUUCAACAACAAUCAUCUGAUUACACAAUUAGAGAAGUUUGUUUUUUUCCACAGCUCCUGGAGUCUGACCAGAUUUUAGUCUAAUACAGUCAAAGACGAGGGAAAAACAACCGCAACUCCAAAAAAAGUUUGGAGAAAGUUCAUAAAACAUGUCCAGGAAUUCCAAUAAGAAUGUAAGGACACUUUUGACACUAAAAUGUAAAUGAAACAUAUUUUAAUGGUUUGCAAUCAAUUAUAGUCCAGAGGAUUCUGUGAAUCUCCAAUUCAUCAGACCGAGAAAAAGUCGACCACUUUGCCUCAGACUCUGAGAAGUCUUCAGAAUUUUUUAGAUCACUGCUUCAUUAAAUUUUUGGACGGGAUUUUGAGUCCAUGUGGUGACUUCCACUUCAGAGUCAUGUCUGUUUUUGACGCCAUGACGCUGGUAUCAAUUAACCGCCUAGCAAAGAGACUAAACACAAUCAAUCAAUCAGACUUUAUUUGUAAAGCACUUUUCAUACAUAUAAUGUAGCUCAAAGUGCUGUCCAUUCAAGCUGGAUAUUAAAAACAAAGUAAAUAAAAAUACAAAUACCAAACCCCACCCACCCUCCCAACCCCCAUUAAACACAAACGGCCAGGUGAGGACUCUUCAACUUCCCACAAAUGACUGAGGAAACGCCAUCUUGAGUUAAAAGAAAUGAGGAAACACUGGAUCUGGGACUAAAACGAUAAUGUAGCGAGACCUUAGGCCAGUCCAUUACGGACUACAGUGGGGUGCCGCAGCUCAAGGAAGAACAUUAAUGAUCAUUACUUUAUCAUUUUCUUGAAGUAAUAAUCACCAUAUUAAUCAUUUUGCACUGCAGUAGUUCUUCUGCCUUAGUGUCUCGGUCUGAUUGCAUUUCCAUGAAGAAAUGAUCAUAAAUGUUCUUCCUUGAGCUGCGAAACUCCACUGUAGUCCUUAAUGGACUGGCCCAAGUACUCGCUACAAACAAGCGGCUGCUGGAAGAGAGUAGAUGAGUUGUGUUUAGUCUCUUUGCUAAAGAAAUUAGCCAAAGUUAAAAAGAUGUUUGGUGGCUAGUGCUAUGACUAGGACCCUAUAUGUACUGUUGAUGAAGUUAGGUGCUGUUCUGAGCAUUAUUUGUGGCUAUAGAGUGGCGUUUUGGUUGAGGUUUGCGCGUGGAGACAUGGACCGCUGUGUAUUGCUAUUGUCCAGUCGUUACUAAAGUUGGUAUAACUAGAGAAGCAAGAGGUCGGCAACAUUCAUCUCUCGAGCAGGUGUCUACCUCGGUGUUAUGGUGUGUUUGACCCUAAAUUAAUUUUACACCGGAAUAUCUCUUUAACUUGCACAGUCUCUCACAGCCUCCACCACCAGUGAUCUUCUCUGGCUUCGUAGCUUUCCCAUAAACAGCUCAUUUCGAGCUUUAUUUCCUUUUUCUGGCUUUCAAAUGUUCCAUCUUUCUUUAAGGAGAUGUAAACCAUCAUGAUUUGUUCUCAGCCUCAAGGUGCAUCCCCCCGUGGAAAUCAGAAGUAUGCCGUGUUUGAAUCUCCCAUUAUCCCUCGGGGCAAAGAAAACUCAGCGCUGUUAUGGCGAACAUUCCCUCCUUAAUGCCAUCUGAACCCCGAAAUCAGCUGUAGUAAUGUUCACUCAGCAGAAACAGGGAAAUGCUUUACUACAACAAUCCCCGUCUUUGGUCCAAGCAGAGAUAAAACCGCAGCUGGAAUGACGAAGGCCUCGCUGGCUGGAAAAGGAGGAGAGGAUGUGGUUGUAACCGGGGCUUAGAAACUCACCGAGUCAGACAUAACUUUAUUGAAACAUGAGCGAUAACAUGAGACUCCUGGAGUCUGCAGCCAACACAGACAAAAGGGGGUCUUGUGGAGAAUCUGUUGCUGUAUUUAUUGGCGAGUUUCUCCCGGAGGAAAUAGUUUGUUUUUGUUGUUGCGCUCAAACUGUGUCGGAGGAGAUUUGGUCUAAGUGAUGAGUGUAUUAUCCCGAUGCUUGGAAACCAGAAAUCUUUCUCUCGCAGUGUCCUGUCUUGUGCUGUCUAACAUAUCAAAUCAUGCCCCGGUGUUUAAUUCCAUGUGAUAAUCAUCAGGAGCUUUGGCAGCCAAACAGUCUGGGUCUGAAACACAAGCAACAGGAGGACUGACAAAGACCAGAACCCCAACCAAACUUGGUUCUCAACCCGCUCAGGCCCGUCGCCUUUGUUUACGAGUGAUCACGAUCUUGGAUGGCACCGUGUUCAAACUGUCCAUGUUCACACGUUGUAUAACCGUCUUCGUUUACUGUCCCUCCUCCACACGUGGAAUUGUUCCCCCAGCAGUGUGAGAGACUCUGACUCCGCUCCAAUGCAAAUUAAACUGCGAGGCAAUCAAACCAUUUUAGUCCAAAAUAUGUUGAAGCAAACUGGAGCUGAUUUCUGGCUUCUUACUGAGCGUUCGACUUCAAACGUGGAGUUAACAAAGUGAAAACAGCAUUAAAGUCUGACUGAAACUGGCUCUCUGAGGAGGGUUUGUCUGUGUGGGUUCAAAAAUAACAGGAAAAUGAUAGAGAGCAGAGCAGGAACCGGACUUUUUUCACUUAAAUUACAACCUCCAGACUUUGAUUUAGCUGGAUCAGGUCAUUGUUUUGUUUUUAUAUAAAGAUACGAGACGAUUUUAACAAAAAAGGUGUUUUGUUGACAAAUUUCUGCAAAGUGAAUUUGAGUUAAAUUAAAGCGGUUAUGAUUAAGAGGUUUUCGUUGAAUAUAAUGUUAGCUAGAACUUAUAGAAAACUCUAUGUAUAAAAGCAGGGUCUCUGCGGGUUUCAACAAGUCAAAUUUAAGACUUUUUAAGGCUUUUGUAAGAUCGUAACGAAUACAAUUUAAGUCCCAUUUAACAUUCAUACUGGUAAAAAAAUAAAGAGUAUAAAAGACAUAAGGGGAAAUCAAAACAUUUUACAUUAAUUCAAAUCUAUCUUUAUUCCUAUGGCACGUAAUUUUUUUUGUUAGUAGAGUUAAUACAUUUUUAAUACCUUUCAGAAUCAUAUUUAAGACAUUUUAUGAGAUUUUAAGAGGAUUUUAGACAUUUUAAGGCCUUAAAUUCAAAUUUUUAAGACCCUGCAGAUACCCUUAAAAAAAAAAAAAUUAGUUAAAAAAAACGUCAUGUGAAAGAAUAAGGGUCACCUGCUAGAAAAAAAACAAAAUUAAAGGUCCUCUCAGGAGUUUUUCAUGUGGUUAUAAAACAUGCCAAAUUUAAUUCAGUCGCAUCUGUCUGAGGUACUUAAGCAAAUAAAAUCACUUGUGACAUGAUUGAUGGUUUUUAGGAGGUAUUAUUAAUGCCAAAACUACAGGACUGGGGGUAGGUGUCAAACAGGGUAGUCAACUACACCAUUGUUUUACAUUUCAUUUGAGUUUAUUUGACUAAAAAAAGAAAGAUGAAUGAGAUUCUAAGUAAAAAAGAACAACAAACUCAAAUACAGGGAAAGUUUGGCAAAGAAAUAAGUGAUUCUUAAAUCCAUGUGAAUCACAGAUACCUCAUGGGAGCUUUAAAUCUGAAUUAAAAUGUCAUUUUUUCCUGUUUGAACUUCUUUCAAGAAAAAUCUUUUUCUUCUGAAAAUUCACAUUUUUACAGUUGUUUUAGUCCCGAAAAGUUUUUUUAAUUUGUGUUUUCCUCGCCAAAUUUCUUUUUUAAAGCUUUACUCUUUUCUUCACUGUGUCAGUAUAAUAUUUCUGCAAGAAAUGUUGUAAGUUGUUACACAAAAACAGAGCAUACAGGUGGACAGGACAGGGUUUGCAAAGAGGGAAAAAAUACAAUUUUAACCACAGGGGGCGCCAAAGUCAUUAAAAUCUGAAAGUUCCUCACAGGAGCUUUAAAAUAAAAAAAACAGAAAUGUGUUUAUAGCAUGUUUUAUCGCAUCAGCAUAUAAAAACGCAUCUUUAUUUCCAUCGUUUGUCCACAAGUGGCGCCAAAAUCAACACAAACAGAAAUUCUUUAAAUGCCGAAAGGAAAAAUAAGUAUUAUUGCUAAACUGAACCUUUAUUUCAGUAUUUUCCUGAACUCUCAGAGAAGUUUUCAUCUUUUUUAUCUGCUGACCUUUAGUUUGGAUCUAGAAAUCCUAUCCACAGUUGUUGUUUUGUUAAAAAAAGCACACACAAAAAGAGGAAAAACAAAGGAUGGAGGAUGUUUGUGGGAUAUAACAUUUCCUUUAAACUCUCAUAACAAGUCACAUGAAAGUGGACCCAUGUGACCCAUUUACAGAUAUUAAUAAGACCUAGUUUAUAGUUGUCUUCGUAAGAUUUGUGUGUCCUCUUCUUCCCCUCCUCUCUUCAAACCCACCCUCGCCUCCUCUCCUCCUCCGUGUCCCUUUAAUCCCUUUAAAGUCCGUCUAUUCAAACUUGACUGUGAAGCCAAACUGCAGAUAUCCUCCCUGCCUGGUAUUGUUGUCACACUCAGUGAUACGCUACAGUCCGUGAAUGUGAGCGUGACCUGGUUCUUUGUGUUCGCCAACAUUUUCUCACCCAGCGAGUCUAUGGAGCCGAAAUCUUACACCUGCAACCAGAGACCUUUUGGCUUUCUUUUCACGGUUACAAAAGCAGGAGAAGAAGAAGUCUCAGAUUGACUUUGGCUUUUGUGUUCAGACCUUUCUCCAUGAAUGUUUGGGUGUGACAUUUUUGGGAUACUGUAACUUGUCCUUUAACAAAUCGAAGAAAGCGUGUCCGAUAUCCCUGACCUUCAAUCUCUCAGUCCUCUUGUCAGCACUUCCUUCUCCGACAAGUAACUUGGAGUGUUGAGGAGUAAAGUCAGUUUGGAAGUACAGAAACUGCAGUUCCUUGAGAGUCCACUAGCGACUGUCUCUAAAAGUGAGUCAACUCCCAUAAGGCUCCAUGUUAAAAAUACAAUACCAGGCUGUAAACUCGCACUCUGAUGUUUUUACAGCCUAGUACGAAAACCUUGUCUGGUCUAAACAAUUUGUUUCUGUUUCGAUAAAAAUGUAGUUUUUUUUUCUUUAUUUUUGAUCAUAUAACUGCAAAUAUUAUUUGCUAAUUGGGAGCGUAGCUAGUUUGACUGACAGGUCAGUACAUUGUUGGCUUUCCCAGAGCCUUGAAGCCAACCUCAGCUCCACUUUUUCGCCUCUUAAGAUUUGCCAGAAGUUAGUUAGUUGGAGGUGGGGCACCUUAGCUAGCAAUCUAGCGUAGACCAGGGGUGGGCAAUUAAUUUUUACAUGGGGCCGCAUGAGGAACCUGAACUGGUGGGGGGCCGAACCAACAAUAACUUCAAGCCCAAAUAAGCAACUACUAAUUAAAAACAAGCCCAAAAAAUGCGUACCUACGACUCAUGAGUUUUUUAAGCAACUUCUGAGAGAAACAAGCUUUAAGUUGUUUAUAAUAAGCGGACUUGGCAACUCUAAGGCAUCUACGAAUAUUUUGCCGUUGUUUAAACUUGUCUCUGUUCAUGAAUGCAGAUCUAGUAUGUACGCACAUGUGUCCAAUUAGAAGUGAAACAAUGACUAGGUUUUAAACAUAAAGCAACACACUUUUAUAGCUUAAUUUAAUUUUGUCCGACAAAAAUGAUCAGAGAGAGUGUAGUUCAAUGCGUGAUUCGUUCACCAAGUGAUUCAGGCGUCGGUGCAUGUGGUCCCUCAUUCGCCGGCUGCUGGCCUGGCAAUGCUGUUUCUCACUUCAGCUCAACUGGUGAGAAACGAACGGAUCACUCGAGGAGGUUAUUCAGUUGAGUACGUUCACUUAAAAGAUUCGGUUCUUUUGAACAAAUCGUUCGGGAACGGCACAACUGGAAAACUGGAGCGAAACUGGAAAAACUUGAACAGGACUGAAGGGUUGUUAUGAAAAUAGUCGAAUUUGCCCUUUAAGUUUAUCUAAAUAUCUCAGUCUUUACAAAAGAAGACAAACAAUUUAAAAUGUAUUCACUGCCUCGCUUUAAAAUCAUAGAAAUAUUGUCAUCUGCAUAAAAAAAGAUUCAUAUUAUUAGGAUAAACAGUAAAAAGUGCAGGACCUAAAGUGGAUCCUUGUGGUACACCCUUCCCAUUAUAAACCAGGCUGAGUAGAUAUAAACCUGGCUCAGACACCUUUGAGUGCUUGAAUUAGCUUAAACCUUUUUGUUUUCUCUCCAGGAAUCGUCCGAGAGAUGGCCCACGACUCCGACAGCAAACUCCAGUCCAUCUCUACCACCAGACUCACCCCCCAGCACCACCUCUGGUACGAUCUCUUUAUUUACACGGCGAGAAAGUGGCGUCCGUCUUUGAUUUUUUUUUUUAUUUGUGACUCCGCCGAGAAAUGUGGUCUGAACAGCGCUGUGCACAUUUGUGUUUGGUUAGGAGGUGUAAGUUAAAGAGCAUUUCUGACACAUGUUUAGUUGAUUACAAUCAGCUUUUUUGAUUUGUUUCUUUUUAAUUUCGUAAAAGCGGAGCGCUAAAUGAGCUGGCAAACCACAUCUUAAUUUGUUGCAUGUGUUGUUGAAGCAAAUACUAAAGCAUGCCUGUCAUGUUGUGUCCCCUCCUGUAGUUUUCUAUCACUCCUUUUAUUUGUUUUUGUUUUUUUUCUCUCUCUUAAACAGAAUACAGCACUAACCAAAUAGGAAUGUGGUUAUCUUUUUAUUAAAGGGGUGAUUCAAGGGGAGAAAGUUACAAAGUUCGUCAUAGGAAAGAACCAGCUGUGAUAAAUCAAUUGUUUUAUUAAAAUCAGACUUGCUUUGUGAGCUUUUUCAGCAGUUUUGACAACCUUACAAACAUCUAAGAAAAGUCAAAUAAAUAAACUUUCUUGUGGUUUGGAUGAGUCAAUUUAAAGAUGAUGGAUUUCUUCUUUUAUCGUGAGGAAAAGAUAAAGAAAUCCAGCUCCAAAUCCACCCAAUUUGUCACCUCUCUUCAGGAGACAGACCCCACAGCUUAACAAUAAAGAAGUAAAAACAAAUCCCAGCAGCUCCUUCAUGUGUUUCAGCUAACCACAGUCGAAGAACACACUUCCCAGUGUUUUCCCAACCAAUUCCUGUCAGCUGUUAUUAUGUCAAUUAUCCCCUUUGCUUCGCAGUGAUUGUGAAACUCACCCCGUGAUGUUCAAGUGCUUCCAUGUGAGAGCGCUGCAGCACCUGCCGGCUGCGAACCACCACAACUCUGAGUUAUCUUUGAUUUUGUCAGGAGGUUUUUAUGCUAAUAUGAACAUUUUAACUUUAACAGGUCGCUGGUGAGUGACGACAUCCAGGCAGAUGUGGAGGAUGGUCAGCUGCAGUUUUUCUACAUGCUGGCUUUUGUCCUGCAAGGUGAGAUAUGAUCUUGGUCUGGGAAAAAACUGCAGUUCCUUGAGUGUCCACUAGGGGCAGUGAGUCAACCAUGUUAAAAAUACAAUACCAGGCUGUAAACACGCACUUUAACACGUUUACAGCCUAGUACGAAAAACUUGUUUGGUCGAAACAACUUGUAUCUGUUCUGAUAAAAAAAUGUAUGGGAGUUAAUUUUUUUAUUUUUAGCGUAUAACGGCUAAAGUUAUUUGCUAAUUUAGAGCGUAGCUAGUUUGACUGACAGGUCAGUACAUUGUUGGUUUUCUCAGAGCCUGAAAGCCCACUUAAGCGCCACAUUUUUUCCUCUUUAGAUUUGCCAGAAGUUAGUUAGUUGGAGGUGGGGCACCUUAGCUAGCAAUGUUAGCGUAGACCGGGGUAACUUCAACUUCAACAAUAACUUCAACUUCAAAUCGAGGGGUUCACACAUACAGAAAAGCAAGCCCAAAUAAGGAACUACUAGUUAAAAACAAGCCCAAAAAAGCAAACCCAUGAAUCAGGAAAUAAUAAAAACAGUUAAAUAAAACAAAGAGUUACAAAAACUGCAGUUCCAAGAGUGUCCACUAGGGGAUGUCUCCAUAGCAGAGUCAAUCCCCAUAAGGCCCCAUGUAAAAAUGCCAAACUCUACAGUAGAUUUUAACUUGUUUACCGCCUGGUACUCAGCAGUCUUUUUAAAUUUUGUGUUUUAAAUGAAAAUAUAAAUGUUUUUUGUUUAUACAGCUUUUUACAACAACCCUUUUGGUGAGCAAAAGUGCUUUACAAUACAUAAUAAAUAAAAAUUAAUAAAUAAAAACAAUAAAAAAAAGGAAUGAAAUAUAAUGCAAUAAAAUAAAGUAAAAGUGUCACCACACUACUAGGUAUUAAAAGCCAGCAUAAAUAAAUACAAAACAGCUCAUUUACAUAACUUGGGGCAUGGCUGUUUUGACAGACGGGGUCAAAAAUAGUUAAAACUGGAUCAUACAGAGAGGAAAUCCAUCCUGGGGUCUAAAAAACCUGAUGAUGCAACAUGUGCUGCUGUUCAAUCAGGGUCUUUAACAGGGAAUUCUUUGCAUAUUUCAGCAAGUCAAUGCAAAACUGUAUUAUAACAUCAACUCCCAACUCUCCCAACGACUUUUGGGUGAAAUGUGCACAUAUUUAUCACAAAAUUAUCAAAUAUUUCAGUUUUAAUAUUAAUUAUAUUGUCAUUAACUUUUUUAUUUUAAAUAUUUGCUUUAUAUAAAUUUCAAACCAUUAAAAUCAUUUUUUAUUAGCAUUUUAAAGCAGCGUCCCAGUCUUCACGGUAUAAAAGCUUUAUGUUUUCCUCCGUCUAACCGAGUCUUGUUUGUAAAUGUUGGAGGUAAGAGCAGGUCAUGACUCAACAUGUUCCGCAUGAUGACUGCUGUCGAUGCAAAUUGUGCCGCUGUGAGUGCUAAUUACUCAACUAUUUUUUACUUUCCUGGUCCUUGAGAGCGUUAGGAUUGAAAAGAAAGGGGGUCAUAUGCCUGAAUUUAUCUUAAAAAUAUCAAAUGUAACCAGAAAUAAGAAAUCCAAGAGUAAAAGCCUCUGAGGCGCCUGUCAUAAACUCUUAUGAAGCAUCAAACCAUGUGGCUGAAUGUUGAUUUAACCGCGCUCACUGACAGGUAUGAAUGCGGAUCAUGUGUUCAGGAGCGUCAGGAUGCCUCUCUCUCUGACUGACUGUGAGUCGCAUAUUUAAAGUCAAGCUAGCUGCAGGCUACACGCAGCUGUGGAAUUUCAACUGCUGUCAUUUUUGCAUGCCUAGAUCUGUCUUUUUCUCUCUGCUCGCCGCUCUGCAGAUGAGGUUUGAAAUAUGGCAGCAAACUCAUAAUGUAGCAGAAAAGUACUCUGUAAAAAGCUUUUAGAGCUCUUGUUAAUCUGCGAUCGUAAAUCAAUCUUAAUCUACUGUACGUAGAUUUUAAAGGUCAAACUCUUUUUCUUCCAGAGGAUAUUUGGGCGCCGCACACGGUCCUCGCAACCCGGGAAACCCUGUACCUCCUCAGAGAAGACCACCAGUGGACCAAGAGCCUUAACGGCACAGCAGCGAAUGAAAACAAAGAGCCAAGCAGCGGGGGCGUUACCGUUUUAGAGACGCAGCCAAUCAGCUGCGUGAGCUCCGUCCAGAUCUGGCCGUCUGAUCAGUGCAGAGUGGAUAUUCAGCUUUACGACGAGGUUAGUACACGUUUUAUCUGCACCUUUAAAAAAAUACUGAUUUUAAAAUUGAGGUUAAAGCUCCAGUGAGGAUUUUUUAAGUUUCUUAAACAGGCUGAGAAUCACAUUUAUGAUAUUUUAUCGCACACAAAAGCAAAAUUCACAGGAGAUGAGCAGUGACUACUUUGUCCACAGGGGGCGCCAAAACUGACAAAAUCCACAGUUUGCACACAGGAGCUUUAAUUUUUAUUGUGACGUGUUUCCUCUUUAAAAAAAUAAAUAAAUAAAUAAAUAAGAAAUAUUUUUAUGUUAUUUAUAUUAUAUUUGGGUUUGAAUUGGUCCAUCUUAAUUCCAUUAUUUAAAAAAAAAAGAGGCCAGAUUGCAAGAUUAAAUAUUUGUUUAUAAAACAUAAAUGUGAUUUUUCAGACUCAUAUUACAUACGUUAAUAUAUCUAGAGACUGACAAAGUAUUUUCUGUAAAAUGGUGACAAAGACAUUAAUUUGUUUACUCAAAAACACUGACAAAUUAACCCCGUAAUUUUACCGUAAAUUCACCGUAAAAUGUACAAGAUGCUUUUUCGCUGCCAUUUUUGUAUUAUCUAAAAUGUCACAGCAAAAUUUAAUUUUAAGCGUAUUUAUUCCGUGAAUGGAAAUGUUUAAGAUAGUAUUUAUGCAUUGCUAAUAUUUUUUGCGUUGCACCAGCUGAGAUCGUUCCAACAUAAGAAUGAAUUAAAAAAAUCACAUUAGAGGUGAAUUCUUAAAAAUGACAUGUUUUUGGAACAAAAUUUUUUUGUUUUUAAAAAAGGCUGACAAUUUAACUCCGUAAAUUCACCGUAAUUUCACUGUAAAGAUACUGUAGAGAUUCUUUUUGAUGCCGUUUUUCUAUCACCUAAAAUGUCACAGCAAAAUUAAAUUUUAAGUAUAUUUAUUCCAUAAAUAGAAAUGUUUGAGAUAGCGUUUGUGCGUUGCUAAUAUAACAUAAGAACAAAUAAAGAAAAUCUUGUUAGCAGUGAAUCUUCAAAAAUUCUACGUUUUUGGAACAAAUUGUGGUUUUUAUUUGUGCUUCCGCUUUUAUUUCACUAACAGCUGUAAUUCAAUCAGCAUGAUAACAAAUCACCGUUUUAUCACCGUAUCUCCAUCUCCCCACUAGAGGGCAGAGUUCUCAAACAUCGUGUUCCUUUUUUUGUGCUUUUUUUGCAGUAAACUGAGGUUAUUUUAAGCUGCCAGUCUAGUUUACAUGGCUGGUGACUGGCCGCAGGUAUUUAUGAGACCAUGUUUGGUGUUCGAUGGUCCCCACAUGUGCAAACACUCAUGACACCAAGCUGACUGAUUGCUGUAAUCGCUCGUAUUUUUCACCGUGACUGAAACACCGCCACAGACAUCCGCGGAAUAAUCAAACAGAGAAUAGCCGGAGGUCAGGGUCAGCUUUAUUAUUCUAUACCAUCACUGUUAUCUGAAUUAAUUUCCACUCUCUGUCGUGUUGUCUUUGCCCUGCAGACUGUGAAACAGGAGAGGACAUGGUGUGUGCACUCAGAGAGCACCGAGCUCCUCCAGGGUCUGCUGGCCUGGGUCAGGUCUCAGUGGGAGGCCAUGUUCGGAGUAAAACUGGACACACGCUUGCAGGACAAAGCAGCGUAAAGGGGGGACGGGCAUUCAGAACAUGCUACAAAACUGUGUGCAUGUGUAUUUGUGUGUUUUGCGAGCGUUGUUUGCGUGUCGGUGCUGGGAAACGUUAAGUGAGCGUGAGUGAAUUUGUCUUUAUUUUCUCUCCAUGCAGUCUGCGCUCAGUCUGCUCUCAUUAUGUUUUCUUUCAAGCCCAGAGCUUGGAAAUGAUUAUGCUUAUUCAUGUGGUACACAAGCCUGUAAAAGCACUGGUUGCAUAAUUCUGCCCUCCAGAUACCAACCCACUGAACUUCUCUCCAGCUGAAAUGGAGUGUGCCUUGUUUUCUCUGCAGCUGCUGUCUUAUUCCUGUCCAAACGCACCUGAACACAUCGCUAAUCGUCCUCCCAUCAUUCGCCUUUCGGUAGCUUUGAGUUAAGCUUGACUCAACCUCUCCUCACCGUCUUAGGGUGCAGCGGGUUGCGACAUCACGCGCUCAGCACGAGGCGCUCCAGAGAGGUCAGAGUUCGAGACACUUGUCAUCGAGGGUCACCAAACACUUUUCCACCCCAAUUAGGAGUCUCAUGAUGUCUGCAGUGCAAUCCUGCAAGAAGACGCACAAUACUAGUAAUUUCUUUAAGAUUUGAGAUCAGGUGUUUCAUUUCGGUUUAUUUCCUGAUUGGAAAAUAAAAGUCUUUUGAUAUGUUUUAGCUCGUUUUUUAGCGCACAAGUAGGAGAAGUUUUACGUCUAACCACUAGGAUGUCAAAGUCCCGUCGCGUUAAGCUGCGGUAAAGAUCAAAAUUAACCCUCCGCUGUUGAUUCGUAUUAACAUCUUUGAGCUAAUUUAUUUUUGGUUUGCCUUUUUUUCAUUUUGGUAUAAUGAAGAAAGUUUUAUUUUUAUAUAAAUAUGCAAAAAAAAAAGCACCUGAUGUACAAAAAAACAAAUAUAAAAGGUUCGUGUUGAUGUGUGUUUUUUUUUUUUUUUUGCGUGGUGAAUCCAAAAAGUGCACGUUUAUUUUUGGUGUAGUUUUUAAUAAAGUUCCUGUUGCUAAUUACCUGAA